AUGUAUGUGUUGACCCCCCCCGCCCCCCCGCACUCCUUCCAGGGAAAGAUGAUGACAGAGGGAGGAGACGGGCAGGUCAUCAUUCUCUGCUGCCUCCUGGCCUGUACCCUGUCCCUGGGUCAGAACUCUGCUGCCUCCUGGCCUGUCCCUGGGUCAGAACUCUGCUGCCUCCUGGCCUGUACCCUGUCCCUGGGUCAGAACUCUGCUGCCUCCUGGUCUGGGUCAGAACUCUGCUGCCUCCUGGUCUGUACCCUGUCCCUGGGUCAGAACCCUGCUGCCUCCUGGUCUGUAUCCUGUCCCUGGGUCAGAACUCUGCUCCCUCCUGGUCUGUCCCUGGGUCAGAACUCUGCUCCCUCCUGGUCUGUCCCUGGGACAGAACCCUGCUGCCUCCUGGUCUGUACCCUGUCCCUGGGUAAGAACUCUGCUCCCUCCUGGUCUGGGUCAGAACUCUACUGCCUUCUGGCCUGUACCCUGUCCCUGGGUCAGAACUCUACUGCCUCCUGGUCUGUACCCUGUCCCUGGGUCAGAACUCUGCUCCCUCCUGGUCUGUCCCUGGGUCAGAACUCUGCUCCCUCCUGGUCUGUCCCUGGGACAGAACCCUGCUGCCUCCUGGUCUGUACCCUGUCCCUGGGUAAGAACUCUGCUCCCUCCUGGUCUGGGUCAGAACUCUACUGCCUUCUGGCCUGUACCCUGUCCCUGGGUCAGAACUCUACUGCCUCCUGGUCUGUACCCUGUCCCUGGGUCAGAACUCUGCUCCCUCCUGGUCUGUCCCUGGGACAGAACCCUGCUGCCUCCUGGUCUGUACCCUGUCCCUGGCGUCCGUCCAACACAGACCAAUCGAUAACUCCCCUAACAGGGCCUCCCAGUUUUCUGUCUCGGCACCGCAGGGCCAACUCCAUGUUUGAGGAGAGUAAGAAAGGUAACCUGGAGAGAGAAUGUAUCGAGGAACUGUGCAACAAGGAGGAGGCACGGGAGAUCUUUGAGAACUACCCAGAGACGGAACACUUCUAUCCUCAAUAUGUCUUUUGUCUGGGUUCACAUCGUGUGGGCAUCAACAACCAGAACUCUGGAGACUCCAACGUCCCUUCAAACCUCAGAACCUGUGUCAAAGAGAUCAGUGACCAGUGCCUUCCGUUUCCGUGUUACAAGGAGGGUUCUGAACGCUGCAUCGAUGGCCAGGCCUCCUUCACCUGUCAGUGUCGACCAGGCUGGAAGGGGCCGCGCUGUGAGGAUGACAUUGACGAGUGUUCAGACCCAGAUCACCAAGCCGGCUGCAACCAGAAGUGUUACAACUCCCCCGGGAGCUUCCGUUGUAUGUGUGACGAUGGGUACCGGUUCAGAACCAGCGAGAAGAUCCACUGUACAGAUAUCAAUGAGUGUCUGCUGUACCCCAGUAUCUGUGAAGAACCGGCUAAAUGUGUCAACAACCCUGGCAUGUAUGAGUGCCAGUGUCCCCCGGGCUUCAGUUACAACUUCACCUUGCGUUCCUGUUUGGAUGUCGACGAGUGCGAGGUGGGCGUGUGUGAGGGCGUGUGUGUGAACACGAUGGGUAGCUACUCCUGCCGCUGCGAAGGUCGUCAGGGCCUGCGGUUAGCGGAGGACCAGCGCUCCUGUGAGGAGGUGCCGGUGUGUGUCCAGCUCUACGACUACAAACACUCUGAGAUGCUAUACCUGGGAGAACAAUUCACCGGAGGGCCUGUCAUAUACCUCCGCUUCAGACUACCGGAGAACACCAAGUUUGCUGCAGAGUUUGACUUCCGUACGUUUGAUCCAGAAGGGGUGGUUCUGUACGCAGAGUCUUCCCAGGACUCAUGGUUCAUGCUGGGGCUGAGGGGAGGACGGAUCGAGGUCCAGUUCAAGACCCAGCACUCCCUGAAGGUCACCAGCGGGGGCAAGGCCAUCAACGACGGACAGUGGCAUGUGAUCUCAGUAGAUGAACUAGAGUCCAGUAUCAGUGUUAAGAUCAGUAAGGAAGCUGUGAUGAGCAUCAACAGCCCUGAGAGUCUCUUUACGUCCAUUAACGGGAAACUGGAGACCAAGGUGUACAUCGCAGGGCUGCCCAACCGCACCGACAGCGUCAUCAAACCGAUCAACCCUCGUCUGGACGGGUGUAUCCGGGGCUGGAACCUGAUGAACCAGGGGGCGUCUGGGGUCAAAGAGGUUAUUCAGGAGAAGAAGAGUAAACACUGUUUCCUGCACGUAGAGAGAGGAACCUACUUCACUGGGGCAGGACUGGCUCACUUCAACGUAGACUACAGGGAGUCAGGGAGCUGGAGGGUGGCUCUGAAGAUGCAUAUCCGUCCGUCCAGCAGUACAGGAGUCCUCUUCGCUCUGGUCCUCAACGAUACCGUCCCCCUGUCUGUCGCCGUGGUUACACAAGGACCUGACGAAGCUGACCUGCAGGUGUUCCUGGAUGGAGUGUCCGUGGCAACGCUGCAGUCGUUGAUGUUGUGUUACCCGGACCGUCUGUCUGUAGAACUGACUGUCACCCCCACUAGCCUGGAGAUCGUCGCCAACACCUCCACCUGGUCCUACAGCCUCCCUGACGGGGCGCUGGAUCGACUCAACAACACAAUGAUGACACACUCUGUCAGGACAUGUAUAGGAGGACUUCCAGAUGAGGUCCCAGUCUCCGCCACCCCAGUGACAGCCUACUACCACGGCUGUAUGGACGUCACCGUCAACGCUCGACUGUUAGACUUCGAUGAGGCAGACAGUAAACACAACAGCAUUAAGUCCCACUCCUGUCCCCCUGUCUCGCCCCCCCAAGACACUCUCUGACGACCCCCCCCACCACCACUCACCCUACAGGAAGUGACCUCACAGCCAGGUCGACCAAUCACCACACAUCUCUGUCCUGAGGCCCACAUCUGUGUAUAUGAUCCUCUACCUAAUGAUUAGGAGGAGGGGGAGGGAGGGGGGUAGGGGGAGAGGAAGGGAGGGAAGAAAGGAGUGGGGGAGGGAGAGAGGGAAGAAAGGGGGAGGGAGGGGGGAGUGGAAGGGAGACGGGGGAGGGAGAGAUGAUGGGUGGACUUGCACAAUGCAGUCAUUUCUGUUUAUUUAGUUUCCUGCACUCUUUGUUAGACUGUUUUUGAAGGUUUCAUAUUUUUCAUUGGACACAUUGCCCUCACCCUCACCAUCACCCUCACCAUCACCCCACCAUGGUUUGUAUUGCCGUGAAAUAAACACCAGGCUCUGUUCCUGUGAAGAAGAGGAGUUACCAAAACAUGUUGCCAUGGACACUGACUGUUCCAGCAUCACUGGUUCUGUUGCCAUAGACACGGACUGUUCCAGCAUCACUUGUUCUGUUGCCAUAGACACUGACUGUUCUAGCAUCACUGGUUCUGUUGCCAUAGACACUGACUGUUCCAGCAUCACUUGUUCUGUUGCCAUAGACACUGACUGUUCCAGCAUCACUGGUUCUGUUUCCAUAGACACGGACUAAUCCAGCAUUACUUGUUCUGUUGCCAUAGACACUGACUGUUCCAGCAUCACUGGUUCUGUUGCCUUAGACACGGACUAAUCCAGCAUUACUUGUUCUGUUGCCAUAGACACUGACUGUUCCAGCAUCACUGGUUCUGUUGCCAGGGGUUCCAUAGACAUGUAGUGAAACAGCUGAGCUCUGGAAGGUUCUGAUACAGUGGACCUGGGAUACAUGGUUCUGGUAUAUACAGUCGGAAGUUUACAUACACUUAGGUUGGAGUCAUUAAAACUUGUUUUUCAACCACUC